UAGAGAAAGUUGCAACAGUAGAGCUUUGAUCAAUUGUGGAUGGAGUCGUGGUCGGAUUGAGAGUCUCAAAAUUGAAGUAUACAAUGAGAUUCUUGGUAGACUCAAGGAAUUGAAUGUCUCAGAGGCCACACUUCCUUAUUUUGAAGAUGAGCUUUGGGGGCACUUCAAUAGCCUUCCAACUAGGUAUGCACUGGAAAUGAAUGUUGAGAAGGCCAAAGAUGUUCUUAUGCAUAAAAGGUUACAACAUAUGGCACGAACUAUUUCUAGUACACCUGCAAUUGAAGUCCGCCUCCUCCAGGUUCGUUCUACUUCUGGUGUACAUUCGAGCAAAUCCUUUCAUUCCAACUUACAAAAAGAAACCAUUACUGAUAUUCCAAGCAACAUGAGGCAUGAUUAUGUGAAAAUUGACACAUCCUUUUCCUCUAUAAAUAUCCAAUAUCCAUCCAUCCUUGGCCUUUGAUUAAUUAUUUAACUUGAACUUGAUCUUGGUGCAAGCCGGUUACAAGUUCAAGAUAGGGAUAAAGACCAAUGCAUGAAAUCACAAUUUCAACCAGCGAUAAGCCAAAACUAUUCAGUCAGUUGACUACCUUACUCUCUGAGAUUGGGCUGAACAUUCAAGAAGCACAUGCCUUUUCCACAUUGGAUGGAUAUUCAUUGGAUGUUUUUGUUGUUGAUGGUUGGGCAGGCCAGGAUAUUGAGAGCCUCAAGCAUGAAGUGACAAAGAAAAUGCAGAAACUCGAGGAAGAUCAAUGGUUACCCCUGCACCUUUUCCCCAAGGAGACUGGAACACUUAAACAUAUUCCAACAAAGAAUAUUCCAACAAAGAAAAUUAAGAAACUCGAGAAGCAGCCAUGGUGCAGUCUUCCUAAGGAGAGACCAGAGAAAAUUGGAAUGAACUAUAUCUUUAACCAUGUAAACAAACCCAUCAGUAGAAAUGAUGUAUGGGAAAUUGAAGCAAGUUGUUUAAAAUAUGAGAAGAAAAUUGCCUCUGGAUCAGUCAGUGAUUUGUAUAAAGGCACUUACAUUAAUCAAGAUGUGGCUAUCAAAGUAUUUAAGAAUGGUAGUCUAAAUGAAAAUAUGCACAGGGAGUUUUCUCAGGAAACCUUUAUCCUAAGUAAAAUUCAGCACAAGAAUGUUAUCAAAUUUAUUGGUGCCUGUACAAAACCAAGUUUUCAUCUUGUUACAGAAUAUAUGCCUGGUGGAAAUAUGUACGACUUUCUGCAUAUACAGAAGGUCGUGCUUACCCUUCCUUCAUUGCUCAAAGUAGCAAUUGAAGUCUCCCAAGGAGUGGCUUAUUUGCAUCAAAACAACAUUAUACAUCGAGACCUCAAAACUGCUAAUCUUUUGAUGGAUGAGAAAGGGGUAGUCAAAGUUGCUGAUUUUGGUGUAGCCAGAUUGCAAAAUCAAUCCGGUAUCAUGACUGCGGAAACUGGAACGUACCGGUGGAUGGCUCCAGAGGUUAUUGAGCAUAAGCCAUAUAACCAGAAAGCUGAUGUUUUCAGCUUUGGGAUUAUUAUUUGGGAGCUGCUCACAAGAAAGCUUCCCUAUGAAGAUUUAUCCCCGUUACAAGCAGCAGUUGGAGUAGUACAUAAGGAUUUGAGGCCUGAAAUUCCAAGGGAUACUCAUCCAAAGUUAGUCGAGUUACUUCACCGCUGUUGGCACAAAGAUCCCUCCUUAAGGCCCGACUUCUCAGAAAUUAUUAAGUUUCUACAUCACAUUAACAACAUGAUUGCAGGGAAGAAAAAGAAGGUGAAGGUUAAAGGCAAAGGGAAUGCAUGGGCAUGCACGAUAUAGUCAUUGGCCAAAGGCCACGGCGUGGUGAAAAGCUUGAAGACACAUGUACAUAUGUGGAAAAACGAACACAAUCUGUGUUCAAAAUUCCAUUGGGAUUCAAGCUGUUUUGUAUGAUAUUACCAAUAGAAUAAGAAAAUAUCAAUUAAAACUCUAACAUUGUCACGACUUUAAAUUGUAUAUUGUAUAUCUGUUGAGAAAAAUGAGUGCAUUUUUCUGCAAAAGGAGUAAUUGUAUGCAAUGAGGAAAUAAAUUGGAAAAACUGUGAUCUGGUAAUUAUGGAUA